UACACAAGAGCACAAGGACGACUAGAGUGAGAGUCAGAGUGAGAGAGCUUCUAAAUGCGCAUCGGCGCUUCGCUCAAGUGGAAUGGGAGAAUUUCCCGCGCCAACCGGAAAGGGUGCUUUCACCAUAGGGGUGGAAAUAGCCGAGAUGCUAAUGAGAUAUCGCAGUGUCUCCAGAGGCGUAAGGCGUAUACGAUCGAAUUUUCGGGGUGGCACGGAAACGCCUUCGCCGUUCAACGAUUGGUCGCCGUUUAAAUGGCUGCUGACCCGCCACGCGAGACGCAACGAAUAUCAACCCCCAAAUAGGCGCUACCUGCAAACAACAUUGGACGCCGCGAAAAUUGCAAUUGAGUCGCCGGCCGACGGAUCGUCGCCGCGUGUGUGCCUUUCAAUAUUUUCAAGAUAUGGAGCAGCUCGCCCAGUUUGUUUCGAAAAGUUUCGACGAUAACGCGACACACGAACGGAAGUGCCGCGAUUCAUCCGCCACGACGAUUACAUUGAGUGUUGCCCAUCUCCUUGCAUCGCCGAUUGAUGACGAGGAACCUCACUCUAAACACCAUGGAAAAACAAUGGCAGAUUCCAUAGAGGAAGUAACUAAGGUCAUUGAAGAAAUUAAUGACGUGAAGGAACCACUAUCACCGGAACCGCGUCUAAUACCGGAAGACUUGUCUGUCAAUACGACUAAGACAAAGGAAAAUAGUAAUACGGAACUAACUCUUAAAACACCGGAAUUAAAAUUAUCAGUGAGAAAAUUGCUUGGUUGUAGUCCAUCACCACCACCGAUCACUAGGGAAUUGUCACCGAAAUUGGAAAACGAUUAUAAAACUAAUUUGCCGGCGGAAGGAAAAACUGGCAGUGUUGAGACGAAAAUUUCAACGCAAUUUUCACGACCCUUGGGAGUACAUGAGGACUCUACAAAAGGUGUUAAUUGUCGAGGGAGUGGGACCGGAAACGGAAAACAGAGAAGAUCGAGAACAAAUUUCACUUUGGAACAAUUGGCAGAGUUGGAGAGACUGUUUGACGAAACUCAUUAUCCUGAUGCCUUCAUGAGGGAAGAACUGAGUCAACGAUUAGGAUUAAGUGAAGCUCGAGUUCAAGUCUGGUUUCAAAAUCGUCGGGCAAAAUGUCGAAAACACGAGAGUCAGUUGCACAAAGGAGUUUCGAGUGGAAUGGUUUUGGCACCAAGGAGUCCACCGACGGCAUUGGAACCGUGUAGAGUGGCUCCUUACUUGCCGGCUCUAAGAUUACAUCCUCCAAUGCAGCAGAGUGGUACAAACACAACGGUUUCAGUGACCGCAGGAUCUGCUUUUGAUCCUGCAGUCCUCCAUUAUGCGGCUGCUGGAGGACUCUUUUGCCUUCCGCCACCAACUCAUCCGCACGCUCACACACAUCCCCAUCCUCAUCCCUUGAGUCUAGCAGCAUCUCUAGCCGCAGCUGCUGCCCGCUCUAAAAGUAGCAGUAUCGCUGAAUUAAGACUCAAGGCAAGACGACAUCAGGAGGCUCUCGGAUUGGACAGGCCCGCGUAAGAUUCAGAAAAUUUAAAGAAAAAAUUUAUUCCACCGAAAUUGUCAUUGGACGCUCCAAAGGUAAAUUUUUGUCUUACAAUUGUUAGCCAAAAUCUGAUAUGAACGAAUUAAAUCAGAUCCUUUGUCUCGAUUGGGUUUCUCUAUUGAAUUUUCCUCCCAAAGGAAAUAUUUGUUAAAACGAAAAUACUUUGAUUUCAAUUUAAUGUAAAUUGCAAUUUAUGAUAAUGCUUUUGGAGCAUUCAAAAAAUCUUCACGUAUUUUAGAGGAGUACAAAGUUUAAUGAUUUAAUGUGUAAAAAAGGAUAAGAUGUAAUAUACAACACAAUUGUAAUUUAGAAUUUUAG